ACAGAUUCAAACCUUUGAAUCGGUCGGUUGGAACAUUUGAAUUCAACCAAAAUGAGGGAAAUCGUGCAUCUGCAGGCAGGCCAAUGUGGAAAUCAAAUUGGAGCUAAGUUUUGGGAAGUCAUAAGCGAAGAACAUGGCAUCGACCCGACCGGCUCAUACCAGGGGGACAGCGACCUGCAGCUGGAUCGCAUCAACGUCUAUUACAAUGAGGCUUCAGGUGGGAAGUAUGUCCCCCGGGCCGUGCUGGUGGACUUGGAGCCCGGCACGAUGGACUCGGUGAGGUCCGGUCCCUUCGGCCAGAUCUUUAGACCAGACAACUUUGUCUUUGGCCAGAGCGGAGCUGGUAAUAACUGGGCUAAGGGUCACUACACUGAGGGAGCCGAGCUGGUGGACUCGGUCAUGGAUGUGGUGAGGAAGGAGGCGGAGAGCUGCGACUGCCUGCAGGGCUUCCAGCUCACACACUCCCUGGGUGGAGGAACCGGCUCGGGCAUGGGCACGCUGCUCAUCAGCAAAAUCCGAGAGGAGUAUCCAGACCGCAUCAUGAACACUUUCAGCGUGGUGCCUUCCCCCAAGGUUUCAGACACAGUUGUGGAGCCAUACAACGCCACCCUCUCCGUCCACCAGCUGGUGGAGAACACAGAUGAGACCUUCUGCAUUGAUAAUGAGGCGCUGUAUGACAUCUGCUUCCGCACACUGAAGCUCACCACCCCCACCUACGGAGACCUCAACCACCUCGUCUCAGCCACCAUGAGCGGUGUCACCACCUGUCUGCGCUUCCCCGGCCAGCUCAAUGCUGAUUUGAGGAAACUGGCUGUCAACAUGGUGCCCUUCCCCAGGCUGCACUUCUUCAUGCCCGGCUUCGCCCCAUUGACCAGCCGUGGUAGCCAGCAGUACAGGGCUCUGACGGUUCCUGAGCUCACCCAGCAGAUGUUCGACUCCAAGAACAUGAUGGCAGCCUGUGACCCACGCCACGGCCGCUACCUCACGGUCGCCGCCAUCUUCAGAGGCCGCAUGUCCAUGAAGGAAGUAGACGAGCAGAUGUUGAAUGUGCAGAACAAAAACAGCAGCUACUUCGUAGAAUGGAUCCCAAACAACGUGAAGACUGCCGUCUGCGACAUCCCUCCCCGUGGCCUCAAGAUGGCCGCCACCUUCAUCGGCAACAGCACGGCCAUUCAGGAGCUGUUCAAGCGCAUCUCAGAGCAGUUCACCGCCAUGUUCCGCCGCAAGGCCUUCCUCCACUGGUACACCGGCGAGGGCAUGGAUGAGAUGGAGUUCACAGAGGCUGAGAGCAACAUGAACGACCUGGUGUCUGAGUACCAGCAGUACCAGGACGCCACCGCUGAGGAGGAGGGCGAGUUUGAGGAUGAAGGCGAAGAGGACCUGGCCUAGACGCCCACCCCAACGUUUUCUCCCCAUAUGCAACAGUUAGUUAGGGCGUGGUCAACAUUCUUCAAAAGCAUCAUUGUAGAAUUAUUUACAAUUUGCUUAUUUAUUCAAUAAAACAACA